AUGGACCAUAUGCGAACUGGUGCGAAGUCAGGAGUAAAUCUCCGACAACCAAGGCCAAGCAAGCAGCAUAGGUCUAAGGAUCCACUCAACUUCUGUUUCUCUGAAACUAGUCUUGUAGUGGAAAAUGAUUGUAGUUUUUGUUACUCAUUAAAGGGUUUCAAAUACUAUGCUUACAAUCCAAUAUCAAGCCUUUCAAAUUGGUUUGCCUUGGUUCGUAUCACUGUUGUCCACACCACUUUCAUUGGAAUCAGCAAUAUGAAUGAACUUGAAUCUCCAUUAUUAGCCAAUGUUGAGAUAGUGCUAGAUUCAAGUUUCAUGACAUUCUCAAUUGGAUUAGAUGCAUUUAGAGGUUUUAUGAUUGUGUGCUUGUACGUUGAUGACUUGAUCUUAAUCGGCAAUAAUGAAAACAUGUUUGAUGAAUUUAAGAGAAUGAUGGCUCAAGAAUUUGAGAUGACUGAUAUUGGGCUCAUGUCAUACUACCUUGGAAUUGAGGUAAAACAAAAUGGAGAUAACAUUUUUAUUUUUCAAGAAGCUUAUGCAAAGAAAUUUCUUGAAAGAUUCAAAAUGCAAAAUUGCAAUCCGGUGAGUACUCCCAUUGGGUGUGGAACAAAGAUGCCAAAAUAUGACGAGAGCACGAAAGUGGAUCCAUUUCUCUAUAGACAGCUUGUUGGAAGCUUGAGAUAUUUGACUUGUACAAGACUCGAUAUUCUUUAUGGUGUUGGUCUUGUUAGCCGUUAUAUGGAGGCACCAACUUUAACUCACUUGGAGAUUGCUAAAAUGAUACUUUGCUACAUUAAAGGUACCAUUGAUUAUGGCUUAACUUAUUCUUCUUCUACAAAUUUCAAGCUUCAUGGUUAUAGUGAUAGUGAUUGGCCUAGUGAUAUUAAUGAUCAAAAAAGCACCACUGGAUUUUUGUUUUUCAUUGGUAACACCGCUUUCACUUGGUGUUCAAAGAAGCAGCCCAUUGUGACCCUUUCUACUUGUGAAGCUGAAUAUGUUUCCGCUGCAUCAUGUGUUUGUCAUGCCAUUUGGCUAGAAAUUAUUGGAGAUGCUUCAUAUGCCUCAAAAUGA